UAUAGUCCAGUUCGCUGAGUUAAUUGAAUUUACGGCUUAACUUAACGCCAGUUGAGACCAACCCCAUUCCUCUAAAGCGUUACGUAAUUUGUAAACAGUUCAAAACAGCGGUCUUCCGAUUCCGACUCUCACGUUGUUUUGUUUUGCUUUUGAAGAUUUGUGUGCUCUUUUAAAAUUUUAUUCACAAAAUAGAGAAUAAUAAUAUUAUACAGAUAUUUAAAAGCACGUAAAUGAAGUUCAAAAAUCGUUACUCAUCUGUGGCCUGUAACCGCACAACGGAGGCCUUGGAUUGGGGCCAGGACGGUCUAAUUUAUUUUGGUGCCUGCCACUCAAUCGUGGUAUUCGAUCCAAAGUUCCAUGGUUCGUCCAAAAUCAUCCGUACGCUGUGUGGCCACAAGGCUCGCGUGAAUACGGUGAAAAAGCUCCACAAUGUGCCCAGUUUGCCGGAAGCGAUCGACCUGGUUUCCGGUUCGGAUGAUACCAAUUGUUUGCUGUGGAGCAGUCAAAAUCUGGAGAAUCCAAAGCGGUACACUUUGAAGGGCCACUCGAAGGCUGUCACUCAGGUCGAGGCAAUCUAUCUGGGGGACCGUUUGGUGGUGGCUACCGGAUCGGCAGACAGUACCGUAAAGUUGUGGAAAUUAGACGGAGAGGAAUUUGUUUGCUUUCAGACGGUCGACCUGAAGACGGGAUACUGCUUUGCGUUGAAAUUCUUCAAGUUGCCUGGUAGCGAAAGUUCAAUGCUGGCGUGCGCAAUGGAUAACGAUUUGAUUCAUUUACUUGCGGAAUCUGGGGAGCAGUACGUUUUGGUGGAUAAGUUAAAGGGCCAUACAGACUGGGUACGAGGAUUGGAUUGCGUGCAGGAGGAUGGUGAUUUAUUGUUGGCCAGUGCAUCCCAGGAUAGCUUCAUUCGUCUUUGGAGGAUUUCGCAACGAGAACAAGUUCAAGUCAAGAAGUCUUUCGAGGAAUUUUCCGUCGAUGAGGAUAUUGUGUUAGAGGAGAAAAUUUUCAGCAUAUCUGUAGAUGGAAAGCAGUUCCAUUAUGCUUUAGCAUUAGAAUCGGUUUUGCAAGGGCACGAAGGAUGGGUUUAUGGAGUAAACUUCAAUAGACAGGGAGACAAGUUGAAUCUGUUGUCCAGCUCGAUCGAUAAGACACUGACCAUUUGGACACCUUCCGAUUCAGGAGUGUGGUUUGAAAGUGUCCGUGUAGGAGAAGUUGGCGGCGCUUCCUUAGGAUUCUACGGUGGAAAGUUUUCGCCAGAUAGCAAAUCCAUCAUCGGCCAUGGCUUUCAGGGCAGUCUUCACCUGUGGCAUCAAGAUGUGGACAAUGGGGGAAUUUGGAAACCAGGGACCAUAAUUGGAGGACAUUUCGAAGCCGUAAGGGAUUUAGCAUGGGAUCCCGAGGGUCGAUUUGUGAUGACGGUGUCGGCUGAUCAGACUACUAGAAUUCAUGCGGCGUGGUCGCGGUCUGCUGGUGAUGAUGAAGCUGUUACGUGGCACGAAAUUGCACGGCCUCAAGUGCAUGGCUACGAUAUGCAGUGCCUGUGUAUGCUAUCAAGGUAUCGGUUUGCAAGCGGAGCUGAGGAGAAGAUUGUGAGGAUAUUUCAGGCACCUGUGAAUUUUGUCGAGAAUUUGAGAGAUCUUUGCGAAGUUAAAGAUGAUCCUGAAGGAGAUGUCAUUUUGAAAACCACACCGAAGGGUGCUUCAGUUCCAUCUUUAGGCCUCUCCAACAAAGCCGUUUACAGCAUAGAGGAAGAAACAUCUAAUACGAAACACGUGAAAGAUAUAUACCCGGAACACUACUUCAUCCCAACGAAACUGGAAUCGCCCCCAUCAGAGGAAACCCUUAUGCAAAACACCCUCUGGCCAGAGAUGCAAAAAUUGUACGGCCAUGGGUACGAAAUCUACGCGCUCGCUUCUACGCACGACGGACACUUCGUAGCCUCGGCCAGCAGGGCAACAUCGGCGGAGCAUGCUCGGAUUCUCGUUUGGAACACAUCAAACUGGAAAAUACAGCAGAAGCUCGAUGCACACCAGCUCACGGUGACUCAGUUGGCGUUCUCACCCGAUGACAGGUCCUUGCUAGCGGUGUCCCGAGAUCGUACGCUGUCCGUGUUUGAGAAUAAGGAGCCACGUGGAGCAGUUUGCGAUUUCCAGUUGGUUACUCAUACGGACAAACGCACCAGUGUGCACGCGCGGAUCAUUUGGUGCUGUGAUUGGUCUCAUGAUUCGGUUCACUUUGCAUCCGGGUCACGUGAUGGAAAGGUGGUGCUGUGGGGGCGAGAGGAAACGCAGUAUAAAGCAUGCAGCGUGCUUGAGAUGAAAGGAGAAUCUGUGACAGCGGUGGCUUUUGGGCCAACAAAAGUCGCUGAUGACCGAUACAUGGUGGCCGUUGGGUUGGAAAAGGGUGUGAUACAGUUGUAUGGAGUUCUGCAGCAGGAAUGGAAGCUGCUGAUAACCAUUGACGAAUUUUGCGGUCAUCAUCUCACAGUAAAACGACUAGCAUUUAGACCGUCGAGUGAAAAAAUGCAGUUGGCAAGUUGCGGUGAAGAUAAUUUCGUAAGAAUUUAUGAUAUAUGUUGAUAACUAA